AUAAAUUGAGACCCUAGCCCGGAUGACCCUCUCACUUCUCUCUCCCUCCUCUCAUUUUCUGUGGAGUUCAAAGAAAGCUCUAAAGCACUUCGUAGAGGGGAGAGAGAACAGGGGCGACCUGACCAAUUUAGAACACACAAGGAAGAGACAGAGAAAGGGAGGAAAAAAAUGGUGAGCAAAAUGAACAUGCUUGUGUUGAUGGUGUUCCUAGGAGCUGCAAUCCGGGGUUGCAGCGCUCAGACAUCGCAUGCGGUCGGCGAUUCGCUCGGGUGGACCAUUCCGCCCGGCGGAUCGAUAGCCUACUCGACUUGGGCCAGCAACAAGACCUUCGUCGUGGGCGACACUCUGGUCUUCACUUUCACGACCGGAGCACAUGAUGUGGCCGAGGUAACUAAGGCAGCAUACGACGGCUGCAACUCCACGAGCCCCAUCUCGUUCCAGACCACAGGGCCGGCGAGCAUCCGCCUCAACCAUUCCGGCGAGCACUUCUACAUCUGCACGUUCAACGGUCACUGCGGCCUCGGCCAGAAGCUCGCCAUCAACGUCACCGCCAGCUCUGCCGCAACCCCAUCACCGUCUCCUGCCCCCACACCAUCGUCACCGUCCCCAGCCCCCACCCCAUCGUCAACGUCCCCAGCCCCCACCCCAUCGUCAACGUCCCCAGCCCCCACCCCCACCUCUCCCGCCGCCACCCCAUCGUCACCGCCCCCAGCCCCCACCCCCACCUCUCCCGCCGCCAACCCAUCAUCACCGCCCUCAGCCUCCACCCCUCCCUCUACAAGUCCUCCUUCACCUCCCACCACCACCCCGCCUUCUCCGACAGGCUCCCCACCCUCCUCCGCCGCCAGGGAGCUCGGCCACCUCUUUGAGCGUCGCUGGCUUGUUUUCGGGGAUUUUGUCGAUCGCCGUAGUGUUGUUGUACUAGAUUAACUCAGCGAUCUUUUUCCUACCCUUUUUACAGGGCUCUUAUGAUUCGUUAUUGUGAGUUGCUUUUCUGGAAUCGAGACACGUUCUUGUUGAUCGUCAUUGAUUUUAUACGAUAAAAUCCAUUUUUCCGUGAA